UUCAGCCACAUCUUCCCCAGGCACCAGGCUAUGUGUCCCCUUUGGACUGCGCUGGCUCUGGGCUGGUUGCCCCUAAGCUUGGCAGUAGACCUGGAGCCUCAAAUGGCCAGUAUCACAUUUGCCACAAAUAACCCUACCUUGACCACCAUCACUCUGGAGAAGCCCUUCUGUAUGUUCAAUGCCUCUAACCUUGGGAAUGUCUCCUAUGAGGUCAACCUGUACGUGAUGGAGAAUUCAGGAAGUGUUAGAUAUGCGGUCAUCAAGAACAAUCGCAGCUUCCCAAUCAACAGCACAUUCCAGGAGACUGCAGGGGGCCAGAGGGCACCAUACAAGGCUGCUUCCUUCAUCCUGCCCCAGUGUGGUGACCUGCCCAACCUGGAUGAGGCUGGGGAUGUGAGCAAAGUAGCUGAGAUUCUGAGUGCCUACCUGGUCAGGGUUGGAGACAAUGGCUACUGCUCACUGAAUCCUAACUUCAAGGGCACCUGCAACCCACCUCUGACAAGGGCCACAGAAUACAGGUUCAAAUAUGUCUUGAUCAAUCCAUCAAGUGGUUUUGUAGAGGAUCAAACCCUCUGGUCUCAGCCAAUCCGGACCAACCAGAUUUCCCCCUACUUGGAGAUUGACACAUGGCCUGGCAGGAGGAGUGGAGCCAUGAUAGUCAUCACUUCCAUCCUGAGCACCCUAGUAUUCUUCCUGCUGGUAGGGUUUGCAGCUGCUGUCAUCUUCAGCUUUGUGAGUAUGGGGAGCUCAGACUUAGAGACACAACAUGAAUCUCAAAUCAGCCAGGAGGUGGUUCCAAAAGCCCAGGGAUCCUCGGAGCCUUCCUAUUCCUCUGUGAACCGGAGGCAGUCUCUGGACCGAGCUGAGGUCUAUUCCAGCAAGCUCCAGGACUGA